AUGGCUGGGAAGAAUUAUACCUUCGUGACUCAGUUCUUUCUGACUGCAUUCACAGAACAUCCUGAGUGGGGGCUCCCUCUCUUUCUUUUAUUUUUGAGUUUCUACCUCUCCACACUGCUGGGGAAUACAGGAAUGAUCAUUCUGAUCCAGAAGAACCGCAGACUUCAAACACCAAUGUAUUUCUUCCUCAGUCACCUUUCCUUUGUGGACAUCUGCUACUCCUCUGUCAUCAUCCCUCAGAUGCUUGCUGUGCUGUGGGAACAUGGCACAACCAUUUCUCAAGUUCGCUGUGCAGUUCAGUUCUUCCUCUUUACUUUCUUUGCUUCCAUUGACUGCUACCUCUUGGCAAUCAUGGCCUAUGACCGCUAUGUGGCUGUGUGCCAACCACUGCUUUAUGUCACUAUCAUGACGGAGAAAGCCUGUGUAGGAUUGGUAACUGGGGCAUAUGUGGCUGGUUUUUCCAGUGGCUUUAUUCGUACUGUCACAGCCUUCACUCUCUCUUUCUGUGGAAGCAAUGAGAUCAACUUCAUAUUCUGUGACCUCCCGCCACUGUUAAAACUCGUAUGUGGGAACAGUUACGUCCAGGAGGUGGUGAUAAUUGUCUUUGCCAUUUUUGUCAUGCCUGCUUGUAUUGUGGUUAUCUCUGUAUCCUAUCUGUUUAUCAUUGUGGCUAUCAUGCAGAUCCGCUCAGCUGGAGGCCGAGCCAAAACUUUCUCUACAUGCACCUCCCACCUCACUGCUGUCGCUCUCUUCUUUGGUACCCUUAUCUUCAUGUACUUGAGAAAUAAUACAGACCAAUUCUCAGAGAGGGACCGAGUUGUGUCUGUGUUCUAUACAGUGGUAACCCCAUUAUUGAAUCCACUCAUCUAUAGCCUGAGAAAUAAAGAGGUAAAAGAGGCCAUUAUUAAAUCUCUGAGAAGAUCAAAGAUUUCCCGGGGAAACUAG